AACAUGUGCUAUCGUGACGUCAGUCUAAGCAUGCCCAAACGAAACCAACACUGACUUGAUAUCUUGUAUAUAUUGGUGAUGGACGCUUGAGACAUCACAUUUUAAGCUUCAGAUAAACAGCUUCACAGUGAAAAGCUACUUGCAUUUCGUUCGAUGAGGACCGACUUUAUAACUGCCUAUACUACCAAACAGAAAUAAGAUAGCAACAUUUUGUCGACAGACUAGGAAAUGUAUCGGUCGGGUCUCCUAUAGCAUAGCACUAUAUGUACUUAAGCUGGAGUAUGGAAGAAAAGUGUUAAAAGAAAAACAUUUGGUGUCAGGAUAAUUGUGUUAAUACCACCAGCGAACGAGGACUUCGACUUUGAUUGUCGCUUAAGACUGUGAGAAAAAAAUAGCGUAAGAGAAACGGCUCAUUGGAUACCUAUAUACCUCUGAUCUAUGUUGGCCGGAGAGUGGAGUAACAUUCAUGGACUGUAUUGGUUUUAAAAUCUGUGAGACAAAAAUAUUCUUUUCACCAUUUCACUGUUGUGGGAUAAAUGGACUCUCUACAUGAAUCGAUUUCGUUAGAAGACUUCGUAAUAGCAACAACUUCGCAGACAAACUCAGGAAUGACCAUGCAUCAUUUGGAUACACUUCCCAGUGUCCCCUCCGAAGGGGGGCUCACGUCCCCCUCCGCGCACGUGGGGAUUGUUGAUAGCCUUUCCCCAAGUUCUACUGACACUUCUAUAGAAAAACUACACACAGAUUCCAGUGAGAAUUCAAAAACGAAAUCGGAAGACAGUGGGACGGAGGAAGACAAAAAGAAGAAAAGACAAAGAAGACAGCGAACACAUUUUACCAGUCAGCAACUGCAAGAACUGGAAGCCACAUUUUCCAGAAAUCGCUACCCAGAUAUGGCAACACGGGAAGAAAUUUCAGCCUGGACAAAUCUGACAGAAGCCAGAGUUAGGGUUUGGUUUAAGAACAGAAGAGCAAAAUGGAGGAAGAGGGAAAGGAACAUGGAAACAUUUAAAACUGGAUUCGGAUCUCAAUUCACUGGGCUAAUGCAAUCACCAUUCGACGACACUCUCUACAAUGGUUAUCCUAACAACUACUGGGCCACAAAAGUGCCCAGCCCUUUAGGAUCCAAGUCGUUCCCUUGGGGCCUAAACUCAGUCAAUCCUCAUCUAUCUUCCGUAGUCUCCACGCAACCGAUGUGUUUUUCAGCACCCUCAAGUAGCAUUAAUAACUCUAUGGUGGCCAAUGUGCCCAACCUUCCGAGCAACAUGACCAACACUGGUGCCCCCUGCCCUUACGCCCCUCCAGCCCCUCCGUACAUCUACACCCCUAAUAGGGAUCAGUGCACGAACAGUAUCGCUUCCCUAAGACUGAAAGCCAAACAUCACUCUUAUGGCUACCCUCCAGUUAACCCCAGACAACCCACACUGUCUGCCUGUCAGUAUGCAACAGUCGGCAAUGGCGGCGCCGUAUGAUACCGGAUGUGACGUAGUGUGAGGAAAAACAUUUUGAAGUGUUUUGUCGACCGGGUGACGACGAAAAUAACACAGGAGUAGAAUCUAUCAAGACUCAAUCUGUUUUCGUCCACCGGAGUAGAUAAUCUACUGUUUGUUGCAUUGGUUUGCAUUUAUUUUAAUGUUGCUGUUAUACCAGAGGAUCUGAUUUCUCCGCAAUGUGAAUCUUGCCACAAAACAGUGUUAUUGCAACAGGCAGCAGAAAUGAUAGAUCUGACACUGUACAACCCAGCACCAUGCAGUAAAUAGGACGACGUGGUGUCACACACCUUGAAAAUCGUGUAUAUGCGAUUCCGCAACAUCGUUGGUGCAGAGAAAUGAACUCUUAAACAGGAAAGUAUCACUGUCAGGUCAUGAUGGUGGAUGUUGAACUUUGACCUAAGGUCGGUAUAUGUGAUCUCCUUAUCCACCAUCACCGUAAUACAUGACCUUGACUUGAUGGGCGUCACCUAUCGGUCACCUAUUAUAGUCUCAUAAAUGACGCUUACGAACAAUGUUUUAUUAUCAUUUUUGUUGGUUGAAUAGCUUUAUAUACAUAUGGUUCAUAUGUAACGAACACAACAUUACGUCAGAAAUUAUACGUCGCAAAUUUGUGACGUAUACCACGUGAAUGAAUGACGUUACCAUGACGGCGCUUUCAGGGGCUAAUAUAUAAUGUAUUUAUAUAUCUUGUAUUCUAUUCAACAAUGACACGUGGUUUGCCGUAUUCUAGAAUGUACAUCCGGGUUAUAUGAACAUUAGUUUUAGGUCAUAUAGUGACGAAAUCAUACAACCAAACUUAUACUGUAUAUCCCUUGGUUUUCGCGAUUGCUAUUUUUCACCAUUGCGCUUCAAAUUAUUUAUUCGCGAGGAUUGACAAAAAACCCAUUAUAUGUUAUAUAAAUUCUUUUAUAGACAUAUUUGAAUAAUUAUUCUAUGUAAAUGAUAACGAGCUAAUGGAAAUCGCGAUUAUCGCCAAUCGCAAAUGGAUGGGAAAAUAUGACUCGCGAAAUAUGAGUGGAUUACAGUAUGUUAGCAUAUAGGCCUAGUGUCUACGAAGAACAAAUGACGUUAGAUGUGGGUUUUUUAAUAAUAAUGAAUAUUAUGGCAAAACAUUAUUGAUGAAAUUCUCACUCAAAGUGAUGCAUAGUGCUAGCAGUUAGUAUUUCUUUGAGAUCCAACAUCGAUUUAAUUAUUUUGUUAUGCAGAAUGGGACACUGAAUAAGAUUUGUCCCCAGCUGUUAAAAUAUUGCAUUAAUAAAGUUUGGUAUAUUAAAAUA